AUGAACAUUGAAAAUAAACCUCAAAUUAUUGAACAUAUAAAUUAUUGUCUUGAUAAUACUAUAUACGAUCUGAAAUGGGUACACGGCAAAUGUAACAUUAUUGCCGUAGGAGAAAUGCUUGAUAAAAAAGGAUAUAUACAUAUAUAUAAUUUGAAUAAAGGAAAUUUUACAUGUAUAUCUAAAACUAAUCUUGAUAAAGGUGUUAAAACCAUAGCUCCUUUUUUCACUUCAACUGGAACAUAUACAAUAGCAUGUGGUUCCUUUGAUGGAAACAUACUUCUUUAUGAUAUAAAUAACAUGUCUGAAGAAUACUACAAAAUAAAAAAGCACACUAAAUUAAUAAACAAAAUAGAUUGUAAGAAUUACAAAAAUAAUAAUAUUAUAGUAAGUGCUAGUAGGGAUGGUUCAGUCAAAAUUUUCGACAUAAGAACCAAACAAGAGGUAGUCAGUUUGGAACCACCCAAAAAUUCUUCUUACAUUCCUGAUUGUUGGUGCGUGGAAACAGGAAAUAAUUAUGUAGAACAUAAUGCUUAUUCUAAUAUGAAUGAAGAAAAUUUAAAUAUAUGUGCUGGGUAUGAUAAUGGGGAUAUUAAAUUUUUUGAUUUAAGAACAAUGAGAUUAGAACAUGAAGUCAAUGUAAACAAUGGUGUUUGUGCUGUUAAUUAUGAUAGAAAAGAUACAAAAAAGAAUAAAUUAAUUUGCUCAACUCUCGAGGGGAAUAUUUAUAUAUUUAACUUGGAUGUAUAUAAUGAUGUCUCUGGAUAUUCAUAUAGCAAAGACAAAAUAAUAUCAGGUACAUGUUGGGGAACACCUUUUUUGCCUCAAAAUCGUGACAUUUUUGCUACCUUGGGAGGAGAUGGAAAUCUAGGUGUGUAUAAAUAUGUAUAUCCGGAAAAAAAUUCUAUUUUUGAUGAAAAAAUAGGAUGUAAAAAAGGAAUAGUGGGAGAAUUAAAUAAGUUAAAUGAUCUGAAUGUAUCUACACAACCAAUAAUUUCUUUUGAUUGGUGUAAAGACAAACUAGGUCUUUGUGUCAUGGCUUCACUAGACCAGACCAUUAAAAUAUAUAUUAUUACUAAAUUGAAUUUAUAUUAA